CUCUUGCGGUCUGGCCUAUUGUCUUUAUUUAAAGGUGAAAUCUACAGACUCCUCACUCUCAGGCUCCUCCUCUCCCGGGUUCUUCAUCCUCUCAACCCGAAAAGAAGGAGCACAGGAAUCAUCCCCUCCUUCUCGAACGAGUGAGAAUUCACGUGCGACAUGGGUAGCCUGGAAAAGGAGAGAACUACGAUCGGUUGGGCAGCAAAAGACCCAACUGGUUUCCUAUCACCUUACACUUACAGUCUAAGAAACACAGGCGUGGAAGACGUGUUCAUCAAGGUAAUAUGCUGUGGCAUCUGCCAUACCGAUAUCCACCAAAUCAAGAACGACCUCGGCAUGUCCAACUACCCCAUGGUUCCUGGGCACGAAGUCGUGGGUGAAGUAAUAGAGGUUGGAUCGGAUGUUACCAAGUUCAAAGCUGGUGAUCGCGUCGGAGUGGGUGUCAUCGUCGGGUGUUGCAGGCAAUGCUCUCCUUGCAAAUCUAACAUAGAACAGUACUGUAGCAAGAAGAUUUGGUCUUAUAACGAUGUCUAUCCAGAUGGGAAACCCACCCAAGGAGGGUUUGCCGAUGCUAUGGUGGUUGAUCAGAAGUUUGUGGUGAAAAUACCAGAUGGAUUGGCAGCAGAACAAGCGGCUCCGCUACUAUGCGCUGGGUUGACGGUGUACAGCCCGUUGAAUCAUUUUGGGCUGAAGAAGAGUGGGCUGAGAGGAGGGAUCCUGGGCCUUGGAGGGGUUGGGCACAUCGGUGUGAAGAUAGCCAAGGCGAUGGGCCAUCAUGUAACCGUGAUCAGCUCCUCUGACAAGAAGAGAGAUGAGGCGUUGGAUCAUCUUGGCGCCGAUGCCUACCUCGUGAGUUCUAAUGCUGACGCGAUGCAGAAGGCCGCUGAUAGCCUUGACUACGUAAUCGACACCGUCCCUGCCCAUCAUCCUCUCGAACCUUAUCUCUCUCUCUUGAAGAUCGACGGAAAGUUGAUCUUGCUGGGUGUCAUUUCGAAGCCUCUACAGUUCGUCUCUCCCAUGGUGAUGCUGGGGAGGAAGACGAUCACCGGGAGCUUCAUAGGCAGCAUGGUGGAAACAGAAGAGAUGCUUGAUUUCUGUAAGGAGAAGGGGCUGACUUCGCAGAUCGAAGUGGUGAAAAUGGAUUACGUAAACACAGCCAUGGAGAGGUUGGAGAAGAACGACGUGAGGUAUAGGUUCGUGGUGGAUGUGGCCGGCAGCAAGCUCGAUCAGCAAUGAAUACAGACACUCACCACCAGUCCACCACCACGCCCUCUUUCUUUCUUUUUCCUCUUCUUUUUUCUUCUUAUUAAAAAAAAAGAUAAUUUUGUUAUCUUCCUUGUUCUUCUGUGAUUUCUCUCAGAGUCUGAUCACUGCAAUGUAUGGCAUAUUCAGCCUUCGCAAUAAUAUAAUACGAUAUGAUAGCUGUUCAAGCGUGAGAUUGAAGUAUA